CGCCACGUGGUGCAGCUCGACCAUCCCAGGCUCGGCAAUGUGCGCUGGCGUUCUCCGUCCCGGAGCACGUGCCGUGCCCACCCAUCUCACGUGCACCAAUCCUCUCUCAAAAUUUGAAAUCCCUAUUCAAUUCAAUUUCUAUAAAAGUUCGCUCUCAUAGGCCAAAUAGAACUGUUCUAUUUAAUUCGCCACACAGAGGAAACAAAAAGAAUCAUUGGCGUUCGAAAUCUUCUUUUGUGCUAGAUAAACUUUCUUUGCUUUGCGGCGGCCAUGGCGGUAAAAGGGCUGGUCGUUUAUCUGCUGACGGGCUUCUCCUUGGCCCUCCUUUCUGUUCAUUUCGUCAACAAUCGCGCAAACGGCGGUUACGAGAAACCGUUCCUUCUGUCCUCGUCCGAUUCGAAAGCUCCGGAGAACAAGUACGGGUCUGAAUCGAAGUCCUGGCCCGAAUUGGAAUUUAGUUGGAGAAUUGUUCUGGCAACGGUCAUAGGAUUUUUGGGGUCGGCUUGCGGAACGGUUGGAGGGGUUGGCGGCGGUGGCAUUUUUGUUCCAAUGUUGACUCUGAUUGUGGGAUUUGAUACCAAGUCUGCUGCUGCUAUUUCCAAGUGCAUGAUAAUGGGGGCCUCUGCAUCCUCUGUGUGGUACAACUUGAGGGUGCCCCAUCCAUGCAGGGACAAGCCAAUUCUCGAUUAUGACUUGGCGCUUUUGUUUCAGCCGAUGCUUAUGCUGGGAAUUACGCUCGGAGUUUCUCUUAGUGUCGUCUUCCCCUAUUGGCUGAUUACUGUCUUAAUCAUCAUUUUGUUCUUGGGCACUUCUUCAAGGUCGUUUGCCAAGGCGAUUGAGAUGUGGAAGGAGGAAACUAUGUUGAAAAAAUCAAUAGAAGACAAGAAAACAUUCGUUAAUUCUCGCGGAGAGUCUUACAAGAAUGACCUUUGCAUUUAUCUCAUUGCCUUAUCAGUGCUGAUUGAUGCUGAUUAUGAGCUUUUGGUUCCAAGAGAGGAGAAAACACCAUGGAAUGACAUGAGAGCUUGUAGUACAUGGUACUGGAUUCUUACCUUGUUACAGCUUCCGGUUGCUUUUGGAGUGUUCUUGUACGAAUGUGUUAAGCUUUACAAGGAAAACAAGAAAAGGAGGAUCGAUGGGAAUCCUGAACAAAUUUGUGAGGCGGCAAUUGAUUGGACGGGCACAAAUCUCGCCUUUUGUGCCCUUUGUGGCAUCAUAGGAGGUACAGUUGGUGGCUUGUUGGGUUCGGGUGGCGGUUUUGUUCUUGGCCCCCUCUUGCUUGAAUUUGGAGUAAUCCCACAGGUUUUUGAGAAGCAUUAUCACAAUCCUUAUCGAUGCUUUGAGAUUACGUGGGGUAGUAUAAUACUGGCAUCAACUUUGUACUUGAUGGCUGUGUCAAUAUUAGCUGGCUUUUGGGGACAAUUCUUCAUCAGAAAGAUGAUCGCAAUCCUAAAAAGAGCUUCACUCAUCGUUUUUGUCUUGUCCGGCGUCAUCUUCGCUAGCGCUCUCACAAUGGGUGUUGUUGGAAUAGAGAGGAGCAUAAAGAUGAUAAACAACCAUGAGUUUAUGGGGUUCUUGGAUUUUUGCAGCAGCCAAUAAUUAAAGCCGUGUAAUGAUAAAAUUAGGACAUAAGUAUGAUUUGAUUUAGUGUUUGGGGGCAAAAGAGGUGUCGGUCAAUGCCUAGUUGACUGGCCCUUGACUGGCCCUUGGUGCAGAAUAAGCUGGAGAUGGGGGCGUGUUUGGCCAAUGCCUAAUUGACCAUACACCAAAUUUUAAGUAUUUUGUUUGAUUUAAAAGUCGAUGCAUUUUUGUGGUAAUAUUUGUGUAAGUGUGUGGUUGUGAUUGUAUGUUAGCUAUCGCCGACACUACAAUCAGUUGUAUUCUAGUCUGUUUGUAUCAUUUGUGUCAUUUGUGUGUGGAUGAUAUAAAAUUGUUUGGCUGUGGCUUUUCUCAUUUUAUUUUAUUUAUUUAGUCACAUAAUUGAUAAGUCUUUUUUUUUUUUUUAAGAAUAUAUUUACCAUGCACAGUGAAAAUAUGUGUAAUAAAAUCAAAA